AUAUACCCGGUGUAGUGGGUUUUUCAAAUCAGUGCCUACUUUGGUCUCGCUUAUUCUAUACACUUGAAGCGCACAAUGCGAAUGAUUAUUGUUCCUUGUUGUCUUGCCCUAUUUGUGGCAUUAGUCACAUGCGAGGGUACUGCUGCAGAGGAUAAAAAAGUAGAAACAGCUGAUGUCGAGGCCAAGGAAUCGCAGAAUUUGGAGAAACGUGGCUUGUACGGAUCCCUUGGCGAUUUCGGGCACGACUUCGGACACCAUGAACAUCAUGAACACAUCAAGACUGUGACCAUUGAGAAGAAAAUCCCGGUUCCUUACACCGUAGAGAAGCAUGUUCCAUACACUGUGGAAAAGAAGGUUCCUUAUGAAGUCAAGGUGCCAAUCCCACAACCCUACAUUGUGGAGAAGAAGGUCCCAGUUACUGUGAAGGAAUACGUCAAAUACCCAGUGCAUGUGCCAGCUCCUUACACCGUAGAAAAGAAGGUCCCUUAUGAGGUUAAGGUUCCAGUCGACAAGCCAUACGAAGUGAAGGUCCAUGUUCCACAACCCUACACCGUUGAAAAGAAGGUGCCGUAUGAAGUUAAGGUCCCAGUCCCAGUGCCUUACACCGUCGAAAAGAAGGUCCCAUAUGAAGUGAAGUAUGAAGUCCCUGUACCAAAGCCAUACACUGUCAUCAAGAAGGUCCCAUAUGAGGUCAAGGUCCCAGUUGACAAGCCUUACAAGGUCGAAGUUGAGAAGCCAUACCCAGUUGAGGUGCCAAAACCAUACCCAGUUGUGGUUGAAAAGAAGGUCCCAUACGAAGUAAAGGUUCCAGUAGACAAACCAUACAAGGUUGAAGUGCCCAAGCCAUACAAGGUUGAAGUCAAGGUCCCAUACCCAGCUCCAUACACCGUCGAGAAGAAGGUCCCUUACACCGUCGAGAAGCCUGUACCUUAUGAAGUCAAGGUCCCAAUUGACAAACCAUACCCAGUCUACAAGGAAAUCAAGGUCCCAGUCGAGAAGGAAGUUCCAUACCCAGUAAAGGUCCCAGUCCACAUACCAGUCCAUGUGCACAAAGAAGAGCAUCAUGAUCAUUCCUUUGAGCACCACGACUACCAUCACUAAGCUAUUGUAGGUCACCACCAUCACUCAUCCAGUCCUAUUAAUUACUCCCAUCUGAACUGAACUGAUUUUUAAGAAUGUUUAACGUUCCUCCUGUUUUAUGUUUCGCAGUUUACGAACAGUCCAUACGAACCAUUUCAUGAAUUUGUGAUCUUAAAUGUAGUUGUUAAAGCGAGCAAUAUUUUGUAGAGAGUGUUGACUUCUUAGAGCAUCGUCCGCCUUCGAGCUGGAUGUUUUUCGAGAAGUAAAUCCGUUGUUGAUUUUUUUGUUUAUACUUUACCAAGCGAGUAGGAGAAAAUCUAAUUCUUUACUUUGUUAAAACACGGUUAAUGACCCAGCCACGAUAUUUGGAACUUUGAAAGCUGUACCAAAAAAAAACCUAUUGUUACCUAGAUGGAUGAAACUCCCAAUACUCCAGUUUAUGAGGUAAAAUUGAUCAAAUUUCUUUACAUUGCUGAGAAACAACAUGUGAUAUUAAAUUUCUUUUAUUUUCGAACUGAUAUAAAAAAACGAAGUGAAUAAAAGAAGCCGUAACUGUGUCUAA